CUCCGCUCCUCUCCAUGGCGCAGCGCUCCGCUCACCCGCUGGUCCCCAUAGCGCUGCUGGUGUUCGGACUUGUUGCCAUCCUGCUCCUCACAGUCCCCACUGAAGACGUCCAGGAGGCUCCGGGGUUCAUGUAUGGGAUCGUAUUGGAUGCUGGAUCUUCUCACACAGCUCUUUAUAUCUACAAAUGGCCAGCAGACAAGCAGAAUGGGACCGGAGUGGUCACCCAGCACUCUGAAUGUCAUGUUAAGGGCGGAGGGAUCUCCAGCUACGCGGGCCAGCGGGGAGCAGCCGGCAGCAGCCUGGAGGCCUGUCUGGACCAGGCCGUGGACCAGGUCCCCACAGCGCGACACCCGCUCACACCGGUUUACCUGGGAGCCACCGCCGGCAUGAGGCUGCUGCACAUCUCCAGCCCGGAGCUGUCGGAUCAGAUCCUGCAGGAAGUCGGUCAAAAGAUCCAGUCGUACCCGUUCAGCUACCGCGGGGCGGCGAUACUGAGCGGGCAGGAGGAGGGAGCGUACGGCUGGGUCACCGUCAACUACCUGCUGGAGAACUUCAUCAAGUACGGCUUCGUGGGCCGCUGGCUGCGUCCCGGCAGAGCGACGGUCGGAGCUCUGGACUUCGGCGGAGCGUCGACUCAGAUCACGUUUGAGACCGAAGAGAACGUAGAAGACCAACGAGACCUGAUGAAGCUCCGACUCUACGGACAGCAGUACUCCCUCUACACACACAGCUUCCUGUGUUACGGACAGGACCAGGUCCUCAAGAGGCUCACCGCUCAUAUAGUCAACUCUCAGGGUUUCUCCUCCUCCGUCUCUCAUCCCUGCCUCCCUGCAGGAACCAGCAGAACUUUAACCCUCAGCAGCAUCUUCAGCUCCCCGUGUACAGACCAGUACCGACCCAGCAGCCCCAUGGACCCCCAGGCCUCGGUCACUCUGCAGGGCAUAGGACACUAUGAGCAGUGUGAGGGCAACGUGUCCCAGAUCUUCUCCUUCAGCAGCUGCUCCUUCUCUCACUGCUCCUUCGACAACGUCUUCCAGCCAAACGUCUCGGGGAGCUUCAUGGCGUUCUCUGCGUUCUUCUACCUUCACUCGUUCCUGCAGAGAACCCUCGGUAUCGACGCCAGAACGCCUUCACAGCUGGAGACAGCAGCUCAGACCCUCUGCAGCAUGCCGUAUGAACAGCUGCAGUCUCUGGCUCCUCAGAAGAACCCUCGUCUGCAGGACUACUGUGCUAUCUCUGUGUACGUUAAGAUCCUCAUGUUGAGAGGAUACGGCUUCGAUGACACGUCGUUUCCUCGCAUCUCCUUCCAGAAAAAGGCGGGCGAGGCCUCGGUGGGCUGGGCUCUGGGCUACAUGCUCAGUCUGAGCAGUCUGCUGCCAGCGGAGCCGGUUGGACUGAGGAAGUCUCUGACCCCGGCAGCCUGGGGGACGCUCCUCUGUCUCCUGGUCCUCCUGCUGCUGGCCGUCCUGCUCUUCAUCCUGCACAGAGCUCGCACCGGCAAGAAGAAAGGAGUCAGUGAAAGCACCAUCUAGUUACCGUAGCAACAGACAGGACGCUCAGAAAACAGAAGGACAGUAACAGGUUUCUGUUUGUGUUGGUUCAGUACUUCAGCACAGAGAAAACGUGAAGAAACUCACUAUGAGGUUAAAGAGCUGGACUUGAUUAUUAUAUAAAAUGAUAUAAAAACAGAGAGUGCACCACUCUAUAAUAACAAUGACUUUAUUUGAAGUUUUGGCUUUUCCACAAGUUUCCAUGUCACAUUUAGAGCCUCAACUCUUUUUCAGCAAAGGUUAAAAUCACCACCACCAAGUGGAACAUGAUAUUACUUUUUUUGUAGAGAUUUUGCAGAUUUUGCAGUGUGUGUUUCGACAUUUUUAAUGCAAUCUUUUGUGUUUACUGUUUUUUGUGUGAUUUUUUGCGCG